AUGAGCUUUCAAACAACAGCACUAAAAAGUUGCUUUAUGCAUCCACCAGGUGCUAUUCUUGCUCCUGGGGAGAGACUAUCAUAUCCAUUGCUGCUGUGGACAGAUUGUAUGGAUGUGAUCGGUGUGGACAGUAGUUGUGUGGAUGUGGUUGAUGUGGACACAAGAGACGUGAAGAGAAAAGAUGGAGAUCGUGUUAAGUGGCCGUGGAUACCAUAA